UUUUUUUUGAGUAUUAAAAUUUGGUAACCUUGUAUUUGUUGUAUUCGACUUUGAGUUGUCAUUUCUUAGUCUGUAUUUAAUCAUCUCUCCUCUGAAUUUAAAUGUUUUUUUUUUUUAUUUUUAAUUUUCUGACCACGUUUAAAUAUACUAGCCUAAUUCUGGUAGGUAGUAUAUUUUCAAUUGUAAAAUCCUUGAUUCGUUUCGGUGAAUAUUCUAAAGCCACUGAAACCCAAACACAUUUUCGACCUGGAAAGUCACCUUUAACACACAACAAUAACAAUAAUAAUAUGGGUCAAUAAAUCAGUUCACUCCCAGAUCGUUAUCAAAUGCUUUCAAUCGAAGUCGAACAAAAGAUGAUGGACAAACAAAAAAACAAAAGGAUAUGAAAACAAAGACUUUUAUAUGAAUGAAAUACCAAAAAUGUGCUGAAAUAUUUGUCACUUUACAGUUACACAUAUGUAUGUAGAAAUAUAUGUAUGUAUAUUCAUAUAAGCAGCACGAAAUGUUUUAGACAUAUUUGAAUCGUGUCAUCCACACUGAGUCCUGCUGGCAGUUAUUAUGAUUGAUAAUGGCGACUUCGCUGCGUUUAAUCCUAAAAUAUUCAUUUCUGCUGGUGUCUUCUUACUACACCCUGCCGUUUCUGGUGAAACUCUGUGUGGGGCUUCUUAAUAAUUUUUUCGCCUCAUCCGUAUCCUUCAAUAUGGAUACACUUUUCAUCAACUGGAACACCUCUUUUCCGGCCAUAACCGUUUGUGAGAUCUACAAUGGCGAGAAGAUUUGGGACAUGAGCGAGGAAUAUUUCGGCGCGAACCACGACCUGCAAUUGGACGAUUUUGUCGGUGAAGUGGUCUUUUUCCGUGGCACCUGUACCACAUGCGAUAGAUGCGAUUAUUUGAACUGCCCACAGAAUAUCACCGAGCUCUUGACACGGUUUCGCGGUAAAUGCGCACAGUUGUUGCUCAAUUGUAAAUACAUAAACAAACCCUUCAAUUGCUGCGACGAAUUUUUGCCGAUUCACACCGAAUAUGGCAUUUGCUUUGCGUUCAACUCGAAUCAGGCACGUAAAAGCGCACAAAUGCAUUUCGCCAGUAGUCGUGAAACCGGUCCUGGCAUAUUGAAAUUUGACGCCUCUGCCGACAUUCAGCUUCAUAUACAUCCACCCAUCGACAUUCCACUGCCCUACUUUGAGAGUACGAUUCGUGAAACUGUGUUGCUUGGCAGCACCAAAGAGAUCGUCAUCAAUGUCAUGGAGGUGUAUAACCAUCCCAGCAUGUAUCAACUCACGCUGGAUCAGCGCCGGUGCCGCUUCAGCAACGAACCCACAGAUUGGGGACUUGAAGUGGGCCUUUAUGAGUUCUAUAGCUAUUCCACUUGUAUUGUAGAGUGCGGUCUGAAAGCGCAGCUGGAACAUUGCAAUUGCAGCAGCCAUUUUCUAGCACCCGCAAUGAAACCGCAAAGUGGAUCUGUGCCCAUGUGUGAUUAUCGCGGCUUGAGUUGUCUCACAAAAUAUUAUGAGGACAUACAACUGGAGCGCAAAUCGUGCGAUUGUAUGAGUUCAUGCGAAGAACCUGAAUACACUAUCGUUUACAGUUCGCCGGAUGUUGACAGUGAAAGUAGCAUGGAGGUGACACAGGUGCAUAUCGCACUCGUUGAUCUACCAACGCAGCGUUAUAUUCGACGGGUCACCAAGACACCACUUGACUUGUUAAUUUUAAUUGGUGGCAUAGCUGGACUUUUCUUUAAUGCCUCCAUUGUGCGACUCAUUGAAGUAAUAUUCUUAAUCAAAGAGUACAACUGGAAUAGUUUAUGGAGCAGGAACAAAUAGGAGUGUAAUUAUGCAUAAAAAAAUUUCACAGCAAUAUGCUAAUUAAAUAAAUAUUUUUUUUGAGUAUUAUAAUUGCUUAUUUCACAACACUAUUUAUUUUAGAAGUUAGGUGCAUAACAAAGUAUGUAUAUACAAAACUACCAUAAUUCUAUGUGCAUGGAUUAAUAUCCUCAAGGGGCACACCUUGUGAGAUAGCCUACAAACGGACGAUUUUUGAAAAUUUAAAAAUUGCCCCUGGCCAAUCGCUGCAGCAAAUUUGUGCUGUUACGAGAAAAACGCGUUUAAAAAUAAGCUGAUGGAGCGUUUACAUUUUCGAAGAUUGAAACACUAUUUCAGAUAUCGAUUUGCGUUAGCAUGUUAUUUAUAAAAAUUCACCAAAUAAUACAUCAAGUUAUUUAUAUGUACGUUAUGAAAUAUAUUUUUAUUGAGCUUUAAAUUAUGGCUUCUAUAUAAUUGAUUGAUUACAACCCUUCUGAGAUUGGUUUCACCCACAAUCCUGUGCGAAUAUCUUUGAAUACAUAUGUAUGUAUAUUGUCUUUAAACGUUUUAUUUCAAGGAUGAAUAAUAAAAACUGAAUAUAU